AUGAGUUGGUCGCCUAACCCUUCUGCCUUAGAGCACCUUCAAAAUAUACUUCGCGCGACGCUAUCUUCUUCUGACAAUGAGAGAAGGGCUGCCAACGAUGAGUUGGAUCUGGCCAAGCUCCAGCCUGAAAUUGAAAAUUAUUUGUUGCUUAUCUUAAUUGGAAAAAUUGGCAGUGUAGUAGUGGUGGAAGCCAGAUCUGAUAUCAGGGCUUCUGCCGGAUUGAUCCUUAAGAAUUUGGUAUUGAAACUGGAUAAUGUGAAGGAGAGAGGCUUCUUAUUGCAGCAUGUAUUGGAAGGCUUAUAUUCCGAUGAGAACAUGGUACGGAACAUUACCGGAAACGUUAUCACGAGUUUAUUUAGCAUAUAUGGUUAUGAAAGAUGGCCAGAAGUGAUCGGUAGAUUAGCAGAAAUGCUGGGAUCGACCAAUGUAGAUACUUCAGUGAGCACAGCUGCCAUAGGAGCACUCGCUAAGAUCAGUGAAGAUUCAGCUCUGGCAUUGGAUAGAGAUUAUGGUAAUGGGAACCAUCCAUUAUCGAGCUUGAUCCCACAAUUGCUUCACUUGUGUGAUUCCAGUGCUAAUUCUAAAGUAAGAGCACAAGCAGUCCAUUGCUUGAACCAAUUUGUGCCCUUGCAAAGUCAACUGUUCUUGGUGCAUUUAGAUACCUUCUUGGGUAAACUUUUCCAACUAGCAUCUGAUCUGGAUAGUGAAGUUCGUAGAAAUGUUUGUACAGCAUUCUCGCUGAUCCUUAAUGCUAGAGCAGACAAAUUACAUCCUCAUUUGGAUGGUGUGAUCAACUACUGCUUGCAUUCUAUGCAAGAUUCCGAUGAAGAUGUUGCUAUUGAGGCUUGUGAGUUUUUAUUAGCAUUGGCAAGCACUUCUACACCAGAGUUAGACCAGGCUGUCUUUAAGCCAAAGUUGGCACUCAUUCUACCAGUCUUACUUGAAAAAAUGGUAUACCUGGAGGAAGACAUAUUUUUAAUGAGUGUGGUAGACGAAAGGGAUAAUGCGGAAGUUAAGGACAAAGAUGAAGAUAUCAAACCCCAGAACGUGAAGGCCAAGACUCAUACCACAGAAACUAGUAAGGAAAAGAAAAAAGGCAAUAGUAAUGGAAGCAACUCUGAUGAUGAAGAUGAUGAUGACUAUGACGAUGAUUCUGAUUCGGAUGACGAUGAUGAAUUAUCUGAAUGGUCUCUUAGAAAAUGUGCUGCAUCCACGUUGGACGUGCUCUCUAUAAAUCUUCCUGGUGAAGUUCUCCAUGUGACUCUUCCUAUACUCCAGGAAAGAAUAGUGUCCGAAAACUGGCCAACUCGUGAAGCAUCCAUUUUAGCAUUUGGUGCAGUUUCCAAAUCAUGCAUGGAGUUAGAAGCUGAUAAAUUACCAACUUUAGUUCCCUUCCUUGUGGAGAGGCUCCAAGAUCAGCAACCAAGAGUUAGGCAAAUUACCUGUUGGACAUUAUCCAGAUACGCUAGCUGGGUAUGUGCCGAAGCUCAUGGAGAAUAUUCCAACUUUUUCCAGCCAACAUUUCAAUCUGUGGUUACAUGCGCUUUGGAUCCCAAGAAAGUUGUCCAGGAAGCUGCAUGUUCAGCGCUCUCUGGCUUCAUCGAGGAAGCUGAAUCUUCUGUAAUUCAAUUCUACUUGGGCCCCCUUUUGGAACAUUUUACUAAAUGUUUCCAAACUUAUCAACGUAAAAAUAUGAUAAUUUUGUACGAUUGUGUUCAAACUUUUAUCGAGAAAAUGGGAUACGAAGUUUUAUCUUCUGACCCAUCAUACAUCAAUGCAUUACUCCCGCUGCUUUUGGAAAAAUGGCAUAGUCUCAAAGAUGAUGACACUGAUUUAUGGCCCUUGUUAGAAUGCAUGGCUAGUGUUGCAGCUACGCUACAAGACUUAUUUGUACCAUAUGCUGUCCCUGUGUAUGCCAGAGCUAUUAAUAUUCUAUCGAACUGUAUUCAGCAAGACCAGCAAUGCCAAACAAAUAUCAACAUUGAGCCACCUGAAAAGGAUUUCAUGGUCACUAGUUUGGAUUUGGUAGAUGGCUUGAUACAGGGAUUCGGUAGUCACUCUAUUGAAUUGAUUCAACAAAAUCCAGCGAACUUGAUGGAAAUCUUGCUUGUAUGCUUAGAAGACUAUACUGAUGAUGUGAGGCAAUCCGCAUAUGCAUUACUUGGAGAUUUAGCCAUAUUUGUGAUGGAACCUUUGGUGAAGCCAUACUUUCAUAGCAUUUUUGUAUCCAUUGGGAAUGAAAUAAACAACAGAACAUAUAAUUCAUUUCCAGUUUACAACAAUGCAAUUUGGUCUCUAGGUGAAAUAUGCAUGAGGUUACAAUUUUCAGACUUGGAAGGCUUUAUUCCAAAUUUACUUGACCUAUUAAUCCCAGUAAUGAAUUCUUCUGACACUCAACAAACAGUACUUGAAAACGCUUCCAUUUGUUUAGGUAGAUUGGGUCUUACAACGCAAGGUGCAGCAAUGAUUGCCCCUAGACUUCAAGAGUUCAUUUUGCAGUGGUGUGGACAAGUAUUAUAUUUAGUUGAUAACAAUGAAAAGGAAACUGCAUAUGAAGGAAUGUUGAAUAUUAUCAACGCCAAUCCUGAUUUAGGAUUCGGUGGCUUGUCAAAUCAACAAGGUAGAAAGAAUCUUUCAAUAUUUAUUGAUUGCAUUGGAAAUUAUCCAGGAGCUCCUGAGGAGUUGGCGAACAAGUUUGCACAAAUAUUGCAGGCAUACAGACAAAUGAUUGGAGAAGAAGUUUGGUUGCAAAUUAUAGGUUCUUUUGAUAAUGAGACUAGAAGGAAUUUGAGCUUAUACGGUGUAUGA